AUGAGCGGUCUUCAUUCUCGACACCCCGGCGGUGGUCCCCUGCCUCCUGCCAUCGCCCAGCCAGCCGGUCCUCCCGGGCUGUCGAUCUCCCUGCACGGCAUCUCGCAUGACUUGACCGCGCCGAUGGACUCCUUCUCCGCGGCCGAGACCAGUGCCGCCGUCGAGGGCUUCUCCCAGCACCACCACCACCAUCACCACCACCACCACCACCACCGGAUGUCGGCCUCGCUGGAUGUCUACGUGCACCAGCUGAGCUUUGCUGCCCUCUUCCCGAACUCCGCGCGCCUGGUCACCCCGGAGCCUGGCCGCCGGUCGGUCCUGACGUCGCCUCUUUCCUCGCGAUCAUCGACCACCACUGCCGGCGGCGGCGCCGGCGGCGGCGGGAUCCACACGUAUCAGCUCCACUCGGCCUCGCAGCAUCUGCACUCCCUGCACUCGGCCUCGCAACACCUGUUCCAUCAGCCCCACGCCCACUGGGCCGGGGACCUCCUGGCCAAGCCAGGACCGUCGCUGCUGACCCCGGUCCCGGGCUUCCCCCAUAGCGGCGGCGGCGGCGGCGGCGGCGGUCCGCCUCUAAGUGCUGGGGCCUCCGGCGGGACGCCACUGAGUGCGGGCGGCCUGCACCUGCCCGGACUCCUGCCCGCCGGCCCCACGACCCUGGUCACCUGGCCCUCGGCCGGAGCGGCCAAUGGCGGCGCUCCGCGCAUGCCGCAUGUGUCCCUCCCGGCGUCCGGCAACUUUCAAGAGCUGUUCGACCUGCUGACCAGCUCCAGCCAGCCAACAUCUGCCCUCUUCUCAGACGACAGUCCGCCCGGGGGGACGGCCACUCGGCCUGCCAAGGCCCCGGCUCCCUCCCGGGCCAAUGCCACCGAGCGCUCUCCCUCUCCCGCCGGCUCGGACCCGGCAUCGCCCGAGGACGGUGGCGGGUCGGAUGAUUCCCCCGAGCCGGAUGACGAAUCCUCGAUCCCCUCAUCGCCGGCCACACUGUCCGGCACGGGGGGCUCCCUCGGCGAGUCGAUCGCCUCCACCACGCAACGCAUCUUCGAGGAAAUCGACCAGCUGAUGUCGCCGCCGGUCCCGCGGCCGCCGCCCAUUUCGCUGGUCGGCGAGUCGGACCAGUUCCCCAUCUACCUGGAGCGGGCAGACGGCACACUCUGCUCUGUUCCGCUUUCGGCCCGGCUCCGGCACUUUGGCCUCGGCCUGGCCCCCCUCUCCAUCCCGGCCGAAUAUCCACUUGACAGCCACCCUCCCUCGGCACAGCCACUGUGGUCCGCUGGAGGGGGCUAUGGACUGCCGGCCUCGCGGCCGCCCUCGGCCCCGCCGUCGGCCGGCUUCCGCUUCCCCAUCAGUCCGGCGGCACCCCCGGGCAGCCACCCGGGGCACCGGCCAUCGGGCCCGGCACCUCCGCCCCCGAGGAUCCAGGUUGAUCCACUGCCUGUCGGGCCCUCCGGCCGGCAUAAUGCCCCCGGCCCUGUGAUUAUCAUUCCCCCUUCACCCGGCGCCACCCAUGGCUCGGCACAGAUGCUCCCCUCUUUGCCAAUGCUCGCGCGCGUGGAUGCCCCUUCCAGCGGGGGUGCGCCCUUGCACAACACCGGCCCAGGGAGCAUCCAACUUUUCACCACAUCCCCCUCCCCGGCACCUCUGCCCAUGGGGCUGGCUCUGCCAGUGACCGCCGAUCUACAGCACCUCCCGCAAAUGUACGUGGCUAGCGGCAGUGGCGGCAGCAGCAGCAGCAGCAGCAGCGGUGCCAGUGGCAGUGGCAGCGCCGUCGGGAUGGAGUGCCGAUCGCGGGCCAGCGGCUGGCCUGGCCUGCUUCCCGGUACCUCUGCCAUGGCCAGCGGAGGAUCGACCCUCCAUUCGCCCGUGGACGAUGAUCCGGUUAAGCGCAAUCUGGCCUUUUUGUCACGCAGUAUGGCCAGCGGCCGGGCUUUCCUCCCCACAGGCUUUGUUUCUUCGCUGGAGAACACGCCCCAACCACAGCCCCUGGGGCCGCUUGGGUUCCUGCAUCCGGGCGCAGAUGGGCAUGAUCUCCAGCAGCCGCUGCUGAGCAAUGCCGGGCUUCUGACGCUCAUAAGCACCCCGGGCCCUGGAUCAGCUCCCGUCUCGCCCAUUUCACUGUCAGGAUACCACCCCUCCCAUCAGCAACAUCAGCAACAAUAUGGUCCCCCUCUCCCGCGGACAGGUGUGGCUGCGGUUUCCUCUUCACAAUAUCCCUCGCCCGGGCCGCCCAACGGCUCGGGCAGCUUCCCGCCCCCCUCACCGGGGGCCGUCGCAAGCUUCGGCGGUCUUCAUUCGUCCGCCCGUGCUCCUGUAUCUCCAGCGCCAGUGCUCAGCCCGCUGUCGAUGGACUACUCUGGCCGAGCGGUCCUCCUGCCGGGCGCGCAUUCGGUGGCUGAUGUGGCAAGCAACCUGCGCCUGCUCGACAGCGUGACCGACUUGGGGCUCCGGCGGCCAGGUGGUACCGGGCCUCGCCCCGGGCAUCCACCACAGCCAGGCAGUGCUGGUGGCUUUGUACGAGCCCCGCACUCAGCUGGAGGGCAAGCUCCUUUGUCUGCUGGCGGACAUGCACCCCACUCGGCCGGCAUGCAGGCCCCCCACUCGGCCGGCAUGCAGGCUCCCCACUCGGCCGGUAUGCAGGCUCCCCACUCGGCCGGCAUGCAGGCUCCCCACUCGGCCGGCAUGCAGGCUCCCCACUCGGCCGGCAUGCAGGCUCCCCACUCGGCCGGGAUGCAGGCUCCCCACUCGGCCGGCAUGCAGGCUCCCCACUCGGCCGGCAUGCAGGCUCCCCACUCGGCCGGCAUGCAGGCUCCCCACUCGGCCGGCGGCAUGCAUACGCCCUUCUCGGCUGGCGGCUCACACACCCCCUACUCGGCCGGCGGCAUGCACGCAUCCUCAUCGCCGGCCAACGCGCAGAUCCCACGCAAACGUAAGAACCAGCCGGAUAGCCCAGAAACGCAGCAGCUCCGGAGGGAGCGUCGCCGUCAGGCCUGCCGCGAAGCGGCAGCCCGGUCGCGACAGCGGACAAAGCUCGCCCGUGAGCAACGCAUCCAUGAUCUCGAAGUGGCCAAGGACCGACAUGCGGCCCUCCAGUCAGACAUCGCCGCACUGCAGGACUACCUGGCACAGGUGAAACAGUGGCUUCUCCAGCACCGGGAUUGCAUCGUGGGCACCGUGGAUACGGUCAUCUGCGAGCCACUUGAACCGGUGGCAGUGGGCGCUGGCUCAAGCUCGGGCGGGAUCGCCGACCCCGGGCACAACGCGCUCCAUCAUCCUCCCAAGCGCCCACAUCUCAGCACACCAGUCAGCGCGGGACCCGGCGCCGCUAGCGUGCCUAGCACUCGUCCAACUGGCCCCGGCACAUAG